CACCCACUUCAAUAAUGCAUUAAGCGAAUAAGGAGAUAAAUCAAAAUGAAGACUUUAGGGAAAUGACUUUACCACAAGUGACCAGCCAGAGAUUGUUUUCUCAGAAUAUAUCUAAGAUUUCCAGGAACAACAUAUCUGCAUUGGAACUUAAACGGCCAUGGACGCCUUCGCCGUUGCAGCAUCAGUCGCAGCUACCGGAUUCAGCGAUUAAACAAGUCGAUAACUUCAUACCCGCUCCGACACCUAUCCCUGACACGAAACCUGCACUAGUAUUAACAUCUCCACCGUCAGAGGAAUCGAUUGCUUUAACACAGCGAUCAACUAUUUCACCAUUACAGCGAUUAUCUGCUUCACCACAGCGAUCAACUGCUUCAUCAUCACCACAGCGAUCAACUGCUUCAACAUCAGAGCAAUCAGAUUUAGAUUAUGCAAUAUUAAAUCCUCCGUCUGCUUGUUUUAUAAGAAACCAGGGAAGAAACGAAAGAUCGAUCCGAUGGAAAGUGCGUUCUCCCAAAUUAAUACUACUCUAAGUAUGAUGGCAAUGCAGAUAUGUUCCAAUAACAAUCGGACAUCGGACAACAACGAUCCCGAUAUCCUCAUUGGAAAGCUGGUCACCGCAGAAUUAAAAAAGACUCCUGAACCAAGGAAAAAUAUUUUGAGAAAAAAUUUAUGAACAUUUUGUA